CGCCUAUUAUCGAGGGAGGUACCAUCCUAAGAAUUAUAGGUUGCUAUUUCUCUUCGACUCGUUCGUUUUUUAAAUGCAUCGCAUAUGAGAGUAAGAAACAUUGAAUGUGAGUGAAAUAGAGGUAAAUGAAUAAUAGAAAGAAACAUUUUACGCGAAGAACGAGUAGUUAGUAUUAUAAUAAAGGUUAGAGGCCUAAACAAUGAGUUAAAUUUAAUUAUUCGUGACUGUUGAAAAACGAUAUUUAAAAUUAAAUAAUGAAAAUAUAAUGUAUUAAAAGAAAUAUGUCCUGUGAGUCUUCUAAAGAUCGACAAGAGAACGAAAUUGAGGCUUUACAGAGCAUCUUUGGAGAUGAAUUGUGUGAUUUACGCCGUGAAAAGAAUAGAAGAAAAUGGCAACCGUUAGACAUACUGAUUAGUUUGAUGCCUCAGAAAGGCAUGUCAGGCCCGGCUAAAGUAUACGCACAGAUUGAUUUACAUGUAGUGUGCAGCAAUAAGUAUCCUGAUGAAACGCCAAAUAUAGAGUUAAAAAAUAGCAGAGGUUUAUCUCAUCAACAAGUUGCAGUAUUAUAUACUGAAUUAGUGGAAUUAACAAAACGAUUACAGGGAGAAGUAAUGAUCUUUGAAUUAGCGCAACAUGUUCAAAAAUAUUUGCACGAGAACAAUAAACCAAGGUAUAGUAGCUUUUACGAAGAGAUGGUUUCACGACGUCAAGAAAAAAUUGAAUAUGAAAUGUUGGAAAGACAAUUAAAAGAGGAUAAAGAAAGACAGGUAUUACAAGAUGAAAUUCAAAAAAGACAAGAAGCUUUAAAAGCUGAACUUCGUAACAGAAAAGAAUCUAUUCGUUUAUGUAAUGAACGAUCGAAUAAUCUCUCUCAAUCAAUACCGUCAUCUCCUCAAGAAAGAUCACGGAUUUAUUCUCGAAGAAGAUGUGCUAGUAGUUCUGAAAGUUCCGAUGGUUUCCUUUGCGAACAUAGAGGAACGAAAUUACUGCAUUUCGAUCAUAAUAAAGGUGAACGUCAAGUGUACAGAGCAAAAUGUAUGGGUCAUAGUACUAAAGGAUCAAUUGUUUAUGCAGGUGUUGAUAUGACAACUGGAGAAUUAUUUGCGAUUAGUGAAUGGAUAUUGAAAAUGAAUAACAAAAUUGAUGAAAAUAAUAUUCAACAUAUUAUGAAACAAGUAGGAAGUUUAGAGCAAGAAGUAAAUCAUCUACAUAAAUUACAUCAUCCAAAUCUUGUACAUUAUUUAAAUAUGAAGUAUUUGCAAGAAGAAGAUGAUGUACUUAUCUAUGUUCUUCAAGAGUUCGUGAUAGGUAGCAGUUGUUCUUUUUUCUUAUUGGAAAACAUCCCGGUAAACAUCGAUUUUCUACGAUAUCUAGCAACUGGAAUCCUCUCUGCGUUAAGAUAUCUUCACGAAAAUAAUGUUGUCCAUAAGGAUCUACGUGAUACCAGUAUCUAUAUUGAUAGCACAGGAAUGGUUAGAUUGUCAGAUUAUUCUUUGAAUAAAAGAUUAUCUGAUAUUUAUCAAACAUGUGCAUUAGUUAAAUCUGAGCCAGAUUUUCCAAGUAUACAAGGCAGAGGUGGGAAAAAAGCAGAUAUUUAUCGUUUUGGUAUUCUUAUGUUUUCUUUAUUAAAUGGAAUCAUAGUUUCUGGAGAUAAAAUUGAUCCAACGACAAUUAUACAGCCUGAUCUACAAGAUUUUUUAUUAAAGUGCCUUAUCAAUGAUGAAAGAAAACGUUGGUCCGCCGAACAACUAUUACAACAUUCAUUUAUAAAAACACCUUUAGCCCAUGCAUUAUCACCUCCAAAAAUAUCACGAAAAGAUGAACAGGAGAUUCAUGAACCGGAAGAACCUGAUACAGAUAUUCGACAAUAUGUACCUCCGUUAGGUAGUCAUUCAAGAAUUACAAAUGAGUUUGAAAUUCUUGAAUGGCUUGGUAGGGGUGCUUUCGGCGAUGUUCUUAAAGUGAAGAAUAAAUUAGAUGGUGGAAUUUACGCUAUUAAAAGAAUAGAAUUAAAUCCAAAAAAUAAACAACUUAAUAAAAAAAUUACUAGAGAAGUGAAAUUGUUGUCACGGAUGAAUCAUGAGAAUGUAGUACGAUAUUAUAAUUCAUGGAUAGAAAGUGCUAUAAUAACUGAUGCGGUAGAAGAACGAUUAUCCAUAACAUUUUCCGAAAAAAAGAAUUCAGAUCCGCUUAAUCAUUUGGGAAUGGAUGAUAUCGAAAAAUUGGCACCACCACUACACGAAGUUGAAUGGAAUGUUUCAUAUAAAUCUCGAACAAAUACAACACUUCCAGCUGAUAGCGAUGAAGAUAAUAGUGAUGCUUCGAGUGACACUGACAGUGAUGAAGAUUGUGCGUUUUUAAUGCAAAAUCUUUUAAGAAUGGAUUCUUCUGAUAGCAUAGAAUUCGAAAAAGAUACAAAUUACCAAACAUCUGCGUCAAAUAUAAACAACAACGAAAACGGAAAUAUAGAUGAAUCAAAAGAAAUGGUUAGAGAAAUUCAAUUUAUGUACAUUCAAAUGGAAUUUUGUGAAAAGAGUACUUUACGAACAGCAAUUGAUGGGGGACUUUAUGAAGAUCGAGAAAGAGUAUGGAGAUUGUUUCGAGAAAUUGUUGAAGGUCUGGCACAUAUUCAUCAACAAGGGAUGAUACAUAGAGAUCUGAAACCAGUAAAUAUAUUUUUGGAUAGUAACGAUCAUGUAAAGAUUGGAGAUUUUGGUCUAGCUACAACAAAUAUACUUUCAUCUUUUGUACACACAAUGGAAACUGACAAAGAAUUUCAAGGUUUAGAAAAAGGUAUUAGUUUUGGUACAGAAGAAGUUGGAUCUUUGACAGGACAAGUUGGUACGGCACUUUAUGUAGCUCCAGAACUUACAACGAAAGCAGCGAAAGCUAUUUACAAUCAAAAAGUGGACAUUUAUAGUCUUGGAGUAAUAUUAUUUGAAAUGUGUUACAAAUCUUUAACUACAGGAAUGGAACGAAUUAAGAUUUUACUUAAUUUACGAUCGAAAGAAAUUAUAUUUCCCUCGGAAAUGCAACAAGCUGAUAUGUCACGACAAAUUCAUAUUUUACGCUGGUUAUUAAAUCACGAUCCUAGUCAACGACCCACGGCUCAAGAACUUCUUUCUUCAGAAUAUUUACCUCCUGCACGACUUGAAGAAACGGAACUACAAGAGAUGAUUCGUCGCACUCUUUCGAAUAAUCAAAGCAAAGCAUAUAAAUAUUUGAUUUCAUGCUGUUUCAUGCAGGAAGUUAGUCCAGCAGACGAUAUCACUUAUGAUAUGAAUUUACCUAGUAGAGGACAUAUCAACUUUAUUACUUGGAGAAAGUAUCAAGAAGGAGUAAAGUCCAAAGUAAUCGAAGUUUUUCAAAGACAUGGCGGUGUUUAUUUAGGGACUCCUCUAUUAAUACCAAAAUCUCACCAGUUCUGUAGUUUUUCACCUUCUAGUGUCAAAUUAAUGACUCGCAAUGGAAACAUCGUUUGUAUCCCUCAUGAUUUACGUGCCGUAUUUGCAAGAUAUAUUGUAUGGAACAAUGUACCGCAUAUUAGAAGAUAUGCUAUAGAAAGAGUCUUUAGAGAUAAAAAGGUUUUGGGCUUUCAUCCAAGAGAACUUUAUGAGUGUGCAUUUGAUAUAAUAAAUCCUAUUCCUGAUAAUUUUUUAAUGGAAGCUGAAUUAAUAUACAUUGUCUGGGAAAUCAUUAAUGAAUUACCUUCGUUACAAGAACGGAAUUUUACUAUUCGCUUGAAUCAUACCUCUUUAUUACAAGCUGUGUUAAUGUAUUGCGGAGUUGAUAAAGAAAAAUAUCAAGAUAUUUAUUCGAUUCUUCGAGAUGCACGUGAUGGAAAAUUUACAAGAUUUCAAAUACAGACCCAUUUAAUAAGUUUAUGUUUGACUGAUCAAGCUAUGGAAACAUUAUUCAAUUUAUUUGAAACUGAAAGCUCUGUUGCUAAAAUUCAUAGUGUUUUAAAAACGAUUACACGAAGAAAAGGAGAUGCUGCUGUUUUUGCUAGAGAAGGAUUGAAAGAAAUUGAGAUAGUUAUGGAAAAUAUUGAAACAUUGGGUAUAAAGUGGCCUAUAGUGGUAGUACCUCUUCUAGUACAUAAUGUAAAUCAACAUAGCGGUAUAAUUUAUCAAAUUACAUGCGAAGUUAAAUGGCGUAAAAAAAAAGGUGGAGAGGAAGUAAUAGCAGCAGGAGGUCGUUAUGAUAAAAUGCUCUCUUCUUUUAAAAAAAUUCUUGAACGUACUGGAAUGGCUAGUAAAGAAAUUAAACAAUAUGGCGCCGGAAUUAGUAUUUCAUUAGAAAAACUAGUUUCUGCAGUUUCAGAAACCUCGGAAUCUGUAGAAUGUAAAUAUGGAAUCGACGUUGCUAUAUCUUGUAUGGAUAAUCAUCAUCGCGGAAAAGAGAUGAUUAAUCUUUUAAAAGAAUUAUGGAAUCUUGGACUUAAAGUUACAAUUUUAGAUUUAAUUUCCCUUGAAGAAAUUCUUGAAUAUUGUCGAGAAAAUUCUAUCAAUCAUGUUAUUUUUUUAAAAAGUGGAGAAAAAGGAAGUGUGAGAAUCCAAAGUUGGGAGCGUGAUAGAUUUCAAGAAAAAAAAAUGAGCAAUCAAGAAAUUGGAGAGUUUUUUCAAAGAUUAGAUAAUUCUGUACCCAUCUUAAAUAGAUCUGAAAGCAAAACUGCGACAAGUGAUAAUUUUUUAAGUAAUAACAAUCCAGUUAAUAUUAAUAUUAAUUUUAUUUUAUCAGAAAGAGAUAAACUUUCUGGUAGUUCAAGAAGAAGUUUAAAAAAUUCUAUGAUUGCACAGAUGUCUACAUAUUUUCAGAGAAUUUCACAUAAAAUUCCUAUUGAAAUAUUUGCAGUAUUUUUAGAAAUGAGUGUUGUAAGAAUAAUAAUAAGUUUCUUAGAGAUUGAUGAAGAAGAUCAAAAUUUUUUAAAAAGUAUACAAGUAAUUAUAGACAAACAUCCAAGACAUAAGAAAUAUAUAAAGGAGAUAUGUGAAAAAAUGCAAGAAGUAAGAAAAGAAAAACAACGACCCGUAUUAAUACUGUACAGUUUAAUCGAUAAUCAAUAUAUGACUCUUUUAUAAAUAAGUUUUUUUUUAUAAAAGCUUCAUGACGAAGAUAUAGAAUUCGCAAAAACAAAAAUAUAUAACAAAUAUUAUUAAAUGAUUCAUAAUAAAAUAAUUUAGUUUUGUGAAA